AGAGUCGCUUCUGAUUGGUCGCCGCAUCCCGGAUGUGACGUCGCGUCUCCUGCACUGCGCUGCCUGGCACUGCAGCGCGAUGGCGGCGUCUGGUGGUGGAGAGCUCGAGGCGGCCAAGAAGAACCUCGCGGAAGCGCUCGGAGAGAGUCUCAAGCAGUACUGGGCAAACAUGAAGCUGUGGUUCAAGCACAAGAUCAGCAAAGAGGAGUUUGACUCGGAGGCGCGGAGACUCCUCACCCAAGACAUGGUUCACCUCCACAAUGACUUCCUUCUCGCCAUUAUCACCAAGUGUCAGAUCAUGGUGACGGCUUCCGGCCUCAAGGAGGGUCCGGGCCGGCCUGGGAAGCCAAGCCGCAAGAAGAAGCUGCCCUCGCUGCGGGGAAAGUUUGAGCACCGCUUCCAGGAGCAGGAUCCGCUGGCCGGCGCCACCUGGGUGGGAAGCCGCGUGUGUGGCCCCGACGGUGUUGUGGGCACGGGCGACGGCGUGGACGGGGAGCGUGCCGGCCCCACCGCCCCUGCGCUCUGCGUGCAGUCGCUGCUGCUGCCGGCGCUGGGCGAGAUGAUGGGGCGUGCCAUGCUGGUGGCCUGGGAGGCCGGGUUGGACUCGGUCUCCGAGGAGACGGUGCUGUGUCUGCAACAUGCGCUGCAGAACCACCUGAAGGCGGUGGUGACGGCGAUGCUGGUGAGUAGGCGUCCUCACCGGGUGAAGGACGGGCGGUUUCGGUACGCGUACGGCACCACUGCUCCCCUGCACCCGUACCUACGCAACAGCUGUGUAGCGCACCGCAGCAGCAGCAACAACACUGACAGUGAGAGUUUGUGCCGCCCGGGUGAGGAGGCGGAGGAGCGUGCUGCCCUGCUGCUCGCCUGCUCGGGGUCGGAGGUCGUGCCCUCGCUCCCUCCCAUCAGCCUCGUGGAUCUGCAGCAAGCGCUCACGGUGCACAAGCAGGUGAUGCCGUUGCACACCAUGUGGUCUCUGAACAUGGAGCGGAUCCUGGCGCGACGGUGGCACCCGGACCGCGAGGAGGUGGCGUGGGACGUGCGCCACCGGCAGCUUCUCAGCGGAGACGGUGCCGGGGGGGCGGCGCUGGGGCUGUCCGCGUGGGCCAGUGCAUGAGGGCCAGUGCCUGAGGGCCAGUGCCUGAGGGCCAGUGCCUGAGGGCCAGUGCCUGAGGGCCAGUGCAUGAGGGCCAGUGCCUGAGGGCCAGGGCCUGAAGGCCAGGGCAUGAAGGCCAGGGCAUGAAGGCCAGGGCAUGAAGGCCAGGGCAUGAGGAGCGGGGGCCCACGGCAGAAUUUUUAUUUUCACGGUGGAUGGGCCAAUGAUGAAUGGGUUAACACUGGAAUGUCUUCUUCUUGGUUCUUUCGGUAAAGUCACAACGCAAGCAGCCGUUCUCAGGUGAGGACGGCUGCUUGCGUUGUAGCCGAAACGUCGUGAGAUUUAUUUUAUUGUUUUAUUUUUAUUAUUUCCCUUCUAUGUGACUUUACCGAAAGAACCAAGAAGAUGAAUCACUGCAGUCACGAAAGCUUUAAAUCGAAAUUUAACACUGGAAUGGUUCAGUGGCAGGGCCCAUUGUGAAGAAAUCCACGUGAAAGGGGUUAACACCAGAGACCCAUGGAGCAGGAUGCCUCGGUGGAGAUUAGCGCCCGGUUGGUUGGAGCACGAGUGAUGUGGCCAGCAAUGGUGGUGGGUGCUAUGGUGGUGCAAUUGUUGAUGAGUGCAACGUUGCGUUGACGUUGCAUGUGACGUGUUGGUUGCAUUUGGUGUGUUGACGUUUUUGCGCAUGACAUGUUUCAUGUUUUGCGCAUGACAUGUUUCGUGUUUUGCGAAAGCUGCUGUACAUUUCAUAUCGCGUGCGACCGUGAACAUCAUUCCUGUUUUAUACCGCAUCUUCCAAUAAAGCGUUGCUAUGUGACGUUC